GGCCAGGGUCGGUGGCCAUGGUUGCGCGAGAAAUUUUUCUGAUGUUUGCUCCCGGCCAAUGGGAGGCGGCCAAGCCGCGUGGGGCGGGAGAAGAAGGCACAGCGACACGUGUGCCAGUGGUGUCCUGCCCCCGUGCCCGUUCUUCUGAAUGCCUCGACUGGCUCGACACGCAGGAGCCAGACUCAGUCCUCUAUGUCGCAUUCGGCAGCAUAGCGAAGCUUUCGCAGGAGGAAUUCGAGGAGCUCGCGCUCGGUUUGGAGGCGAGCAAGGUGCCGUUCUUGCUCACAGUCAGGCCGCCCCAGUUCGUGGACGAGGGCGACACGACAGUCCUGGUGAAGAACAGUGACUUCUACAAGAACUUCGUCGAGCGGACCAAGGGACGAGGCCUGGUGGUUUCAUGGGCGCCGCAGAGAGAAGUUCUGGCGCACAGGGCACUGGCUGGAUUCGUGAGCCACUGCGGAUGGAACUCGGUCCUGGAGAGCGUCUCCAGCGGCGUGCCGAUCAUCUGCUGGCCUCGGAUAUACGAGCAGGGGCUCAACCGCAAGAUCAUGGCGGAGAGGUGCCGCAUCGGGGUGGAAGUUUCGGAUGGGAGGAGCUCCGACGCGUUUGUGAAGCGGGAGGAGAUUGCUGAGGCCAUUGCGAGGAUCUUUAGCGACAAAGCUCGAAAGGCGAGAGCGAGGGAAUUCAGGGACGCGGCGAAAAAGGCAGCGGCGUCGGGUGGUGGCUCUCGGAAUAACCUGAUGCUGUUCACAGACUUGCUGAUGUUUGCUCCCGGCCAAUGGGAGGCAGCCAAGCCGCGUGGGGCGGGAGAAGAAGGCACAGCGACACGUGUGCCAGUGGUGUCCUGCCCCCGUGCCCGUUCUUCUUAGCUCGCCCUGGAUGCCCUGCCGCAAUUGACCUAACGCUUGCUUGCUGGAUCAGUGGCAAUCGCAGCAAUUGCGCUUCUUCCCGCAAAGUGGCAGAGCUGAAGCCAGCGCCAGCCUUCACAGCCAGAACCAUCAGAUGUGAGAGAGAACAAGCCCAAGGUGAGUUCUCUAACUUGCAAACCCCACCCACCUCUCACAGUUGCUCACCACACCCUGGAAAAGGUGUGCCAGUCCUGUGUCUAGGUUUUAUUGGUUGCUAGAUUAGUCUCUUUUGUUUACAGAUUAAGGUGUGUACGGAUUGUGCUCUCAUUGUAUAGUCUUCGUUUUUAUUUUUUUUAAAUUUUUUUUCCAGUGUAAGAAGAAGGCGAGUUCUGGCUUUUACUUAGAAUCUCUGAAAAUUUUAAGAUAAGUGCUUUGACACUAGAUAGGUUGUUUCAUCUCAUUUAUCAUCCCUAGCAAAUAUGCCUCGGCUUCGCGAAGUAUUAAGAGGCAUACGUCACCAUUUGCCUCCAACUAUUGACACUAGCACAUAUAAUCAUAUUCACAACAACCUUGCAUAUGGUAAUGAAGAAACUAAUCUAGACCUUGAACAUGCUAAUGCAAAAAUUACUUCAAAUCUUGACAAUGCUAAUACAAACAUAGCAUAUGCUGAUGAAGGCCAUACAAAUAUAAACCUUGAAAAUGCUAAUGAAACUAAUACAAAUACAUGUAAUCAUCACAGUUA